GCAAUUUGAAAUUGUGGUGAACACCAUCUACUCUCUCUCUCUCCUUCUUUCUGAAGUCCUCUCAGGUUAAACGUCGACCAGCGGUGGCGCCACUAAUCCGGUGCCGAUAUCGAAAUGGAAGCCUCGAUCUCCUCCUUCACAAUCAUCAGAACCCCAACCAAGUCCAACUCCAGCACAACUAUAUUUCCAAGCAUUAACAUCACAAAACCACAUCUUUCUUGCUUUACCACAACAAAAUGCCACAACCUCGCUUUCGCUGUGGUGAACAGUCUAAACAGGUCUACUCGGACCCGUCGCGGCAGAAAAGCUUGGAAGACUGCAGCCGUUGAAGAUGUCACCGGCGCUAUAACGGAUCCGGGGCCGGUCGUCCUCACCUGGCAAAUCGUCGUCGGAGCUAUAGCUGGAGUUACACCUUUUGUGGUCGCAGGGAUUGAAUUCAGCAAAAGAAUUAUAGCACAACAGAGAUGCGAGGUGUGUGGAGGGUCAGGACUUGUUUUGACGAAAGAAAACUAUGUGAAAUGUCCUGGAUGUGGUGGAUUUCUCCCUUGGCAAUCAUGGAGAAGAUUCUUUACUGGCUAACUAAUUCAGAUGGACGUGUAUAUAUAGUGUUCAGCCUUGUUGAAAACUUAAAAUUAUGAUUAAUUUGGGAAGUUUCAAUU